AAUCAACAACGUCGCAAUCUUUUCCCUUCAUUUUUAUUACCAGCAAAGUAAUUUGAGUAAUUACCCAUUAAUUUCAUCUUUUCCAUGGAAAACACAAUGUCGGUUCAUACUCAGCAGCCAACAUCCGACAACUUGAUCACCAUUCUAAGCAUUGAUGGGGGUGGUAUCAGGGGGAUCAUCCCUGCAACUAUCCUUGCUUUCCUUGAAUCCCAACUUCAGGAAUUGGAUGGGGAGGAAGCUAGACUUGUAGACUACUUUGACGUGAUUGCAGGAACAAGCACAGGUGGUCUUGUUACUGCCAUGCUAGCUGCUCCAAAUGAAAAUAAUCGACCUCUGUUUGAUGCUAAGGAUAUCAAGCCCUUCUAUCUGCAACACGGUCCAUCGAUUUUCCCACAGGAGAGUGGCAUAUAUGGAGGAAUCAAAACAAUAUUCAGAUCUCUGAUAGGACCCAAAUAUGACGGGAAAUACCUUCACCGGAUUCUGAGAGAGAAAUUAGGGGAAACUCGGCUGGAUAGUACAUUGACCAAUGUUGUUAUACCAACUUUUGAUAUCAAGUAUCUGCAACCAACCAUUUUCUCAUCCUAUGAGGCGAAAAAGAACUGUUGUGCGAAUGCUCGACUGUCAGACAUAUGCAUAGGCACUUCAGCAGCUCCAACCUACCUCCCUGCCCAUUACUUCAAGCACAAAAAUGAUGUAGGAAAUGAUAGUGAAUUCAAUCUUAUAGAUGGUGGUGUUGUUGCAAACAAUCCGGCUCUCGUGGCUAUAAACCAAGCGACUAAACAGAUCUAUGAUGCAAAUCCUGAUUUCUUCCCAAUCAAAUCCACAGAUCAUUAUGGUCGUUUUCUAGUAAUCUCAAUAGGUACAGGCUCAGGAAAGAUAGAAAAAAGAUACAAUGCAAAAAUGGCAGCCAAGUGGGGAAUUUUAAACUGGUUACUUCAUGGUGGUUCAGUACCAUUGGUGGAGGUGUUUACUCAAUCAAGUGCAGAUAUGGUUGAUUUGAACCUAGCUGUGGUGUUCCAAGCCCUUCACUCCGAAGAGAAUUACCUCAGAAUUCAAGAUGACACAUUGAGUGGGACAGAAGCUUCAGUAGAUGCGUCUACGAAAGAGAACUUGAACAAACUUGUAGAGAUAGGGGAGAAAUUAUUAAAGAAACCAGUUUCAAGGGUGAAUUUACAGACUGGUUUAUCAGAACCAGUUAAACACUGUGGCACAAAUGAGGAGGCUUUGAGAAAAUUAGCCAAAAAGCUUUCACAAGAAAGAAAGAGGAGACAGGGAAAAUCUACAUAAAUGGAAAAGUGAUGCAGAUUACUGAACUCGUCUCUAAAGUACUUGAGCUAUAAAUCGUAUCCAUUUCUAUAUGAUGUAAUAGUCAAAGAUUAGUUCAUUUUGCAUUUCAAAUUAUUCUUUUCGUCCUUCAAAUAAUUUAGUGUAAUGUGUCCCACGAAAGGAAAGGAAUUCAUUGUUCAAAUGAUUGUUAAUUUUGGAGUGACAAUGAAUAGAAGUUGUCGUGAUCAUUUUGAAAGUUAAUUUAUUUGAUGUAAAAGUUACAAUUAUCGUUAUAUGUGAUUGAAAAUGUUGGAUUGAAA